GAGAUGGACGUUUUGUACGACUAAGGCGAGUGGGUGGGGCUUGGUACUGUGCGUGCUGACGUAGUGUGAGGACGCAGAAGCAGUCUGUUGGCUAAGCGGUCGCCAUGUCAGCUGGGAGCGGACGAAGAAGCAAGUGGGACCAGCCGGGCCCCACCACCACUACCACCACCACGCUCCUCCUCCCUGGUGUGAUGCCCGCCAUUAUCCCCUUUACUGCUGGCGCCUUCCUGAGCCCCCCUGAAGUACCGGCUGCUAAUGCCACAAGUGAGGCUCCAUCCGGGGCCCUGGAUGCUGCAGCCGCUGUGGCAGCUAAAAUAAAUGCCAUGUUGAUGGCAAAGGGGAAGAUAAAGCCAACCCAGAAUGCCCCUGAAAAGGUUCAUGUACCAGGCAAAGCUCCCGCUGCAACUAAAAGUAAAGACGAUCUGGUGGUGGCAGAGGUAGAGAUUAACGAUGUGCCCCUGACGUGCCGGAAUCUUCUUACAAGGGGGCAGACGCAAGAUGAGAUCAGUCGGAUGAGCGGAGCGGCGGUAUCAACGCGGGGGAGGUACAUGACUUCAGAUGAGAGAGCCAAAAUAGGACCUGGGGACCGGCCUCUCUAUCUGCACGUCCAGGGGCAGACGCGGGAACUUGUUGAUCGGGCAGUGAACCGGAUCAAGGAGAUCAUCACUAACGGAGUGGUAAAAGCAGCCACCGGCUCCAGCCCGACCUUCAAUGGAGCCACCGUUACUGUGUAUCACCAGCCUGCGCCAGUCCCUCCUGUGGUGACAGUUGCUCCUCCAAAGCCUCAGUUCCAGUCAGGGAUGCAUUACGUACAAGAUAAGUUGUUUGUGGGCCUGGAACACGCGGUGGCCACUUUCAAUGUGAAGGAGAAGGUGGAAGGUCCCGGGUGCUCUUAUCUCCAGCACAUUCAGAUGGAAACGGGUGCCAAGGUUUUCCUAAGAGGCAAAGGAUCUGGUUGUAUUGAGCCGGCCUCAGGGAGAGAAGCAUUUGAGCCAAUGUAUAUUUAUAUCAGUCACCCAAAGCCAGAGGGGCUAGCGGCUGCCAAGAAGCUCUGUGAGAAUCUCUUGCAAACAGUCCAUGCUGAAUACAAUAGGUUUGUGAACCAGAUCACCACCACUGCACCUUUGACUGGUUAUACACAGCCUCCUCAGAUCAAUCCCAUCCCAAUGCAUCCUCAGUACUACCAUCCUAAUGGCUACCAGACUGGCUUUCCAGUAGUCCAACCACCUGCCCCCCAGCCUGCUGUUCAGGUUCCCUACGUGGUUUCUACUCCAAUUGCCAACCCAGUGCCCCCCCCGCCCGGAGUCCUUCCUACUCUGGCAGCUCCUGUGCCUCCAGUUCCAGCUGUGCCAAAACGUUAUCCAAUCCCACAGGUGCAGCCACCAGGCUCCACUGUUCCAGCUCCACUGGCUGCUGUGUAUGUGCCUGCACCUCCUGUUAAACCCGCAGCUCCUUUAGUGAUCCAGGCUCCACCCCAAGGUCAGAAACGACGCUUCACAGAAGAGCUUCCAGAGGAGAGGGACUCCGCUCUGCUGGGUUACCAGCAUGGACCCAUUCAUAUGACUAAUUUAGGUACAGGCUUCCCGGCCCAAACCAAGGUGGACGGCGCGCCAGUCAAAUCGGACAACAUGGUGGUCAAAGAGCGAGAGAGGGACAGGCAGUUGAUGCCUCCGCCUGGUUUUCCAGUCUCUGCACAGAAGGAGCCAGAGGAAAAGUCAGCGCCUGGGACUUUAGGGGUUACAAAUGAAAAUUCCGUGAAAAAACUAAAGAGCUCAAAUAAAACCUUUGGCUUGGUCGCUUACGCCGGGGACUCGUCCGAUGAAGAGGAAGAUCAUGGAGUUCUGAAGAAUUCGGGCGCUUUGUCUCAAGGCUGGAGUGCAAGUUACCAGUACCCCACUUCCCAACAGCAGCAGCAACGGGCGAAGCCUCAGAUGCCGUUCUGGAUGGCGCCCUAGGACUUUUAUUGGAUCCUCCCGAAGAACCUGUAGCAAUAACCCAGCAUGUACAUUACACAAGGGCCAUUUUUAUUUUAAAGAUUGGGUUUUUUUUCUCUCUGACACUGAGACAUGAAAUAGUAGCAGGAGUCGUCUGAUGUAAAGUGGGAUCCAAUAAUCCAAAAGCCCCAGCGUGCCAGAUAUUGGCCCCCGAGCAACUCCCCCUAAUGAUUGGACCCCGAGCAGCUCCCCCUGGAGAUUGGCCCCCGAGCAGCUUCCCCUGGAGAUUGGCCCCCGAGCAGCUUCCCCUGGAGAUUGGGGCCCCGAGCAGCUUCCCCUGGAGAUUGGGGCCCCGAGCAGCUUCCCCUGAAGAUUGGGGCCAAGAGCAGCUAUCCCCUGGAGAUUGGGGCCCCGAGCAGCUAUCCCCUGGAGAUUGGGGCCCCGAGCAGCUAUCCCCUGGAGAUUGGGGCCCCGAGCAGCUAUCCCCUGGAGAUUGGGGCCCCGAGCAGCUAUCCCCUGGAGAUUGGGGCCCCGAGCAGCUAUCCCCUGGAGAUUGGGGCCCCCGAGCAGCUAUCCCCUGGAGAUUGGAGCCCCCGAGCAGCUAUCCCCUGGAGAUUGGGGCCCCCGAGCAGCUUCCCCUGGAGAUUGGGGCCCGAGCAACUACACUUAAUGACUGUCCCCCCUGAGAAGCUCCCCGUAGAGAUUGGCCCCCAAGCGCAAAUGAAAUGUUGAGGAACUGACAGAUGGAAUGCUUUGGGCUGCCACUCGACACUUGCACAUGGUGUGGGGCAGCCUGUCAUUAUUUUAUUUAUAGAGUUUUAUUUAUACAGAUAAAUUUAGGAUUGUGCCUUCACUGGAGGAGCGACAGCUACCGAAGCAUCCGCAUCUAGUCCUUGUCCUUUACUACAUUAGGUGGAGACGGUGACACUAAAGGGUGAAUGAUCCUGGAGACGAGCAACUAGUCCAGAUGUGCAUGUGCAACUGCCAGUAUCUGCCAGUAGCUUAGUGGUUUGUGGGGUUUGUAGUUGAACAACAUGCAUAGGUCAGGGACAAAUAAUAACAGGACACCCAGUAACAGCAGGUUUUCCUCCUCCCCUGCCGGUUUAAUCGAUAGAACAAGUUGCUCAGGGCUGUACCUGCUUUGCUUGUGUUGAAUGAAAGUCUCGGUGGCUCCGGUGAUCCAGUAACUGAGUGUUCCUCGCAGUAUUCUCACCCGGGGGGACUGUUGUGAAAAACAAAAGUACAAUAUAAGGUUCAUCUCACUCCCAUAAAAGCACAUGCAAUAUACUCAACUUCUAUAUAUUUUUUUUUUUCAAUUGUUACUGAAAUAAUGGUGACUUUCAACUGUCUGAAUGAUGAUCAGAAAUAUUUGUUUUCAGUUCCCCUUUAAAUGGCCUGUCAGCAGUUCAGUGAGUUCCAUUGUGAGCAGAGAUUAGAGACACUACAGCUUUAAGGCUUGUGCAUUCCUCAGCUCUUGUAUUAUCUCUGCCUGCAUUUAUCUCUGUGUAUUGAGCAAAGCUGCCCCUCCCCCAGCACAAACCAUGUGACAACCCCUCCCCCAAUGACCCAUUAAACUCACCUGCACCAGAUUCUGGGGUCCCACGACACCCCUCCUGCUUCUGCCAACACUGCUCUCUACUUCCCAAUGACUAUUCUGUUAUUUGUUUUUUUAUUUUGCUGUAAAUAUUUGUUUUACUUUUAUUGUAAAUAAAUGAAUAAUUAUA